GAAAACAGGCUCGAUCUGUCUCACAGUCUAAGAAAAGGAAUUACACAACACUCGGGAUGGCCUAGGGGGGGCAAUCGCCCCCUCACUGCCCUCUGGAUUUACGCCUGCAUUAGUUUUUAACCUCGACACGUGGAGCUUUAGAUUCGAUAGACAUUCCGUAGUACAGUAGAAGCGUACCUGUGAUUGAUGAGACAGAGGCGCAAUGCUGUCGCAAAUUUAUUCGAGGAAAAUCAUCCAACACGUGGCAGCCGGUGCAAGAAACUUUUACAGGAACUCGUACAAUUCAAAUCAAGAUGCAACGGAAGUUGAGAUCCCCGUACCGUGGGGCAAGAUAGCUGGUAAAUGGUGGGGGCCAAAUGACCGGCAGCCAAUUUUGGCGUUUCAUGGAUGGCAGGAUAAUGCAGCAACGUUCGAUACGUUGAUCCCGUUGCUACCCAAGGGAACUUCUGUACUUGCGGUAGACAUGCCCGGUCACGGAUAUUCAUCUUGGUCACCAGCAGGGAUACCAUAUUCAUUGAUGAACACUGUCUUGCUAGUUAGAAGGAUAGUCAAAUUUUAUGAUUGGAGGAAAAUAAAAUUCAUGGGUCACUCGAUGGGCAGCAUGGUCGUAUUUUUGUACGCAGCGUAUUUCCCUCAAGAAAUCGACUUUGGCAUCGGUAUUGACCUCGUGAAGCCACCCUCUAUAGAUGUCAACAAAUAUAACAAAGUAAUCACCGAGCAUGCAGAAGAGAUCCUUAGAAUAGAAGCGAGAAAAACGGACCCACCUACUUACAGUGACGAAGAAAUUAUGCACAAAUGGAUAAAGGGGACAAAUUAUUCUAUAGACGAGGCAGCUUGCAGGCUGCUUAUGAAACGAGGAGUUAAAGAAGUUGCAAGGGACGAAUUUAUAUUCAGUAAAGAUCCAAGACUGAUCACAUAUACUUCUUUUGACUCCGGCUACACCCAUGACCACAUCUUAAAACUAGCCGAACGAAUCAUUUGCCCAUACAGGCUGAUUAAAGCUUCAGAUUCGCCCUUUUAUCAGGAUAAGGAGCUGGUACUUGAAACUGUUGAGAAAAUGAGUACAAAUAGUUCAGACUUUACCUAUACUGUAGUGCCUGGUAAACACCAUUUACAUUUAACUCACCCCGAAAGAGUGACCGAAAUACUCAAUCCAUUUUUAGAAAAGCAUAAUAACUAGGGUUUGUCAGAAUUGUCUAUGUAUACAGUUGCAGAUUUUUUCCAUUGCGAAAGCCUUGGUAUACCUAUUCUACUUUCAUUUGGGCAGUCAACGAGCAUAAAUGUAUUUGUAUUAAUACUGUAUUGGUUGCGGUACACACUUGAAGAGAUGCUAUGCUCGUUGAGAAAUUUAGAAUUGAUAAUGUAUGAAGUAAGUAUUCCCAUGGCCCACUGUUUCGUUUGUCACAAAGAAUUCCUAAUCAAACAGAGGAAAUCGAUUUCAUGUUUCCGUUUAAAAAUAAUUCGAAUAACUUACAAGAGUCAUCCAUUUACAAAUCCAUACAAUGACAGUUGAUCAAGAAGGGAUGUGUAACAUCCCCGCAGUGUUUAUAUGUACCUAACAUGUACAUAGGACGAUACGCAGUACUCUGUAAAUUACCUAAAAUAUAUGUAAUAAAUUGAAUUAUUUCCCAGA